ACCCAGAAUGCCUGAAGCUGUUGAAAGGAAAUGCCGUUUUGCAAAGAGGUUUCGCUCCAACAGCUGCAGUUUAAGCGAGGAAUACAGGGGGAGGGUUGGGAGAGAGAGGGAGGGAGGUAUGAGCGGCAGAGAGAGAGACCUGCUAAUAAUACUGCAGUUGGACUGGGGCGGAGGGAAAGAAGCUGUCAUGCACAGAGCUCCCUCCCUGGAAAGCCUGCAAGAACAGCUGGGCUGCAUGAGAAUGCCACGGGCAUGAAAAUGAGUUUCUUGCAAAGUUUGACCUGGCUGUCUUUCUGAUGCUGCAGCAGAAACUGAAGCAGGAUUUUGUUCCCCCACCGUCCAAGGGACUGAUCCACUGGAGAGGCUGAAAUGCAAUUCAGAUCCUGCCCCCUGAUUUAUUUCUUGCAACAAGAGGAAGCUUGCAGCAGCGAGGGGGAAUCGCUCCUGCUUUUCUCACCUUCCGAGACAUAAAGCAAAAAACAAAACAAAAAACCCGACCCUACACACACACACACACACACAGCAAAUACAGGUCUGGCUGGAAAAGCCUGGCAAACGGAUGCACGAAGAAGCUGCUGUCCCGGCACCAAGAAGCCCCCAGCAGCUGCAGCUCCGAAGCGAUCUGAGACUGUGAAUGACAUUUAUCCGGGGCGGGGGGGGAGAGGGGAGGUGCAUUUGUGAAAAUGCAAAGUCCCCCCAAGGUGCAGGAUGCUGUGAAGCUCUGAAGACACAAGGAUCCGGAAGCACAGACUGGGGGGAAGGCUGUUCUCUCUCUCUCUCUCUCUCUGUUCACACACACGCAAAGGACCCUCGCCCCAUGCCUGCAGGUGAUUCCCUGGGGGUGACGGCGAGCCUGGUCCCCAGAGACAAGACGGAGGAGGGCGGGCUGCGGAGCCAGGGCUGCCGAGACAUCCGAGGACACAGGCGGCGUGACAUGCGAUCCACUGCAACAGCGAACUAAAAGCCCAGCGCUGGAAGAGGAGGAGGAGGGGUGGGGGCAAGCUGCGAAGCCACCGCCGGGCUCGUAUCCUCCCGGCUUCGCAUCCUUCCCCAGCCCAGGUGGCGGGUGAGUGGCGAUGUCACGGGAGGCGAUUGUUCGCUGCAGGCUGGGUCAGCGCGGCGGAUCGUGACCUGGGGGAGAGCAGCCAGGAAGCAGCUCCAACUACCAGUAGCCGCAGAGAAAGUUUGACAAAACUUCUAGAGAUCUCAGAGCCGGCUCCUCCCCAUCCCGCAGCCAGGUCCGGAGAGGAGAGGUGGAAGGACUAAACCCAGGCGGGGUAGCCCCCCUCCCACAGCUCGCGGAAAGCCCAGGAGGGGAGGAGACAGGGCGUCUGCCGGGCUUCCAGUGAUGUUUUUGCAGUUGGAAUCCGCAGUGAUUGAGGGAAGAAGGGAGAGCAACGUUGAAACAGAAAUCAGCGAAGUGGUGCAACAGAAAAGCUAAAAUAUCUCCUUGGGAACUGCUCUCAUUUUCGUCAUUUCCCCUCCUGUUUUAUUUCUAAAUGCAAAGCUGGGGGAAUGUGAUGUGUGACAAAGACCUGUGGUUUAUUAUUUAAGCUAUUACUUAAAAAAAAAAAAAAUAUCAGCAACACCCAUAUCUCCGCCACCUACAGAAGCCUGCAAAUCAGAGAGAUGUGGCUGAUUUAACAUUUUCCAUCUUGAUUUUUUAAUUACAGUACUAUUUUUCUUUGCAAAAGGAAGUUAUGAACAACUGCAAGUCCGGAAGUGGAAAUCUACAGGAGCUGUGACCAGAAGUAUUUUAUUAUUUAUAUAGAUGUGUCUAUCAGCAUUCUGCUUUUUCAUCCAAAGAAUAAAGGGAAAUGCUCGCUUUGCCGAUGUUUCAUGGUGAACAGAUGGCAUUCAAGAAAAAGGAAGGACUAAAUAUCUCAUCUUUAAAAAAGGAGAGGAUUAUUUAUUGAACUCAAGACUUUUUUUAAUCCAAAGAAGAUAUGAAUGAAAGAUUUCUUGUGUCAUUAACUGGAGAAUAAGAAAAGGCCCCUCUGCUUCUGAAGUGCAGCUAACUCCAUAAGAGCCGAAGCAGCAGCGAUAAUACUGAAAUUCAAAUAAAGACUCUAUGUGAUGAAUUUUCUAUCCUAUGGAUAUCAAUUUUGAGAUUACAAAGCAGGAAGAUCUAUAUUUGAUCUAGCACCAUAUCAUUUCAAUGCCUAAUCUUCCCCAGGAUUGCUGGAGUGUCCUAGGAAUUGCACUGGUGUUGUAUGCCAUGGGCUGUAUUCAGAGUAUUAGCUGCAAAUCCAAAGUUUUCCGGGAAAGUAUUUCAGUGAUUGAAGUGAAAGCCUCCAUCGAUCCCGUUCCCACCAGCAUUGACGAGUCAUCCAGCGUGGUUCUGCGAUACCGGACCCCUCACUUUCGAGCCUCUGCCCAGGUCUUGGUACCCCCUAUCCCUAAGAAAGAGACCUGGAUUGUGGGUUGGAUUCAGGCGUGUAGCCAUAUGGAGUUUUACAACCACUACGGGGAGCAGGGAAUGUCGAGUUGGGAGCUCCCGGAUCUGCAAGAUGGCAAGAUCCAGGCCAUAAGUGACUCAGAUGGCGUGAACUACCCCUGGUACGGCAACACCACAGAAACGUGCAUGAUUGUGGGGCCCACCAGGAAGGAAUCCAAGUUCACCAUCAGUAUGAAUGAUAACUUCUACCCAAGCGUCACGUGGGCGGUACCUGUGAGCGAGAGCAACGUGGCAAAACUCACGAGCAUCCACCGGGAUCAAAGCUUCACCACCUGGUUGGUUGCCACCAACACAGCCACCAGCGAGAUGGUGACCCUGCAGACUAUUAAGUGGCGCAUGAGGUUGGGCAUAGAGGUGAAUCCCAGCAGACCCUUGGGGCAGCGUGCCACGCUGGGGCAACCCUUUGCUCAAGAGCAGCCCCAGGUCCUUAACAAGAAUGAGCCAAUACCACCCAGUGCCCUUGUGAAACCCAAUGCCAAUGAUGCUCAGGUACUCAUGUGGAGGCCAAAGGAUGGGCCACCACUAGUGGUGAUCCCUUCCAAGUAUCGGUAAUAGCAACCUGACAUCCUGGCACCAGAA